AUGUCAGGUAAACAAACAGCACCGGAAAGGGAAGCACCAGGCCAUGGUAAGAUCAAAGGAUCGCGUGAAAUAUCUGGGAAAUCGUCUCUUCAAUUAAAAAUGGUUGAAUUGAACAUACCGGUAUUACCAUCAACGAUGUGGAUCGAUGGUGCCUCAACUAAACAAAAGACAAGGACACAUCAAAUCCCGCGUAACCAGUCACGCGAGGAAGCUCGUUCGCAACGUUCGCCUGAUAUGCGUCCAGCGUCAACAAGUUCAUCACCCAGCGUCCUAAAAGACUCUGACUUGCAGAAGAGAAAAGGUGGGACAAUAGCAGCUCUAAAGAAAAACGUACCAUCGUCUGCGUUUGGAGGGCAAUGGUCCCAUCCCCGGAGCGAUUCGCCGAAACAUGGAGGCGAAGGCUCUAAAUUCACAUCGUCCGGUCAAAGAAGGGCAUCGGAGACAGGUGUAAAAAUCGCUAGAAAAAGUGGGCGCCCAAGUUCUACCACUCGAGAUAAGCCGGUCCGGACCGAGCAGGGUAGUAAACCUAAAACAACAAAAUCAACGACUAAUCCAGGGCGCCAGGAUUAUAAUCAAAUAAAUUCUUUGAAACAGUUUUUGAACGAGCAUGUUAAAAUUUGCAGAGACGAUACAAGCAUUGCAGUCCGCGAGAUGAACCCUGUAAUAGACUUAGUCCUCAAGUAUGCAAAGAAUGACUCAUUGUUGUCAUCCAUGAAGAAAUUACCAGCUGGCAGUCACUACGAAAAACUUAAGGUUGGGAAAUCAGACGAAGUUGACGUCAUGUUCGUCGUCAAUGUACCAGAUUUGGAGUUCACUGAACUUUUGAGACCAUACAUGGGACUAGUAAAACUGAAUGUGCCAAAAGGAACAUGGAGUGAAUUCACCACAAAAGGUGGCCACCUAUCCCCAAGACGCAUGCGAGACUAUUUCCAGACUGAAAUUGUUGAAAAGGCCGUAACAGAAUACAAACGAUGUAAACAUUCAGACAAAUCUAUCAAUGUUGUGACGUCCGAUGAAUGUCCAGCCAUCACGUUAUCUCUGACUAACUCCAGAAACAGUAAAACAUAUUCAAUAGAUUUGGUGUUGGCAGUCGAACUAGACAGAUUUAGUGACCUGGAUGGGACGCAAGAAUGGACUGCACGACCAUGGCUUAAAAAGAGAGAAGAGAUGGACCUAAAGAAUAUUAUCGUACAUGCCGUGGCAAAAACAUCAAUAAGAGAAGUGGGAUUAGAACCAGGUGAUGAUAAACAUUGGCGUUUGUCUUUUUCAUCGGUAGAAAAGGAGCUACUGCUUCGUGCAGACACAAGAACAUACGCACCUACCGUUCGUAAGAACUGCUACAAAAUCUUCAAAUAUAUUCUGACUAAUUUAAAAGAACGGCACAAACGUAUUUUUGCCAGUCUCCGUUCAUUUCAACUAAAAACUGUGUUUUUACAUUGCUGCGUGAUGUAUCCUAACGAUAAGCAAUGGAGUGAUCAGUUUCUGGAACAGAGGCUUGUAGAUUUAUUACAAUUCUUUAUCGAAAGUCUUCGCGGUGCAAAUUUGUGUCAUUUUUUUCUUCCAAAUUACAAUAUGUUUUCACGGUCUCAUUUUGAGAGAGUCACGCUGAACGGCAUGGCGAAUAAGUUGGAAGACGUCCUCAAAAAAAUUGAUAGACAAGACUUCAAAUGGUUAUCAUUGACACGAUGA